AUGCCUGCAUAUACCGAUGGUAGGGGAGGGCUGAAGCUGUCUUUUGCCGAUGUCUUCAAGAGCACCAAGACGAUCCGGGAGGAGAUGGCUGCGGCAGCCUACAAGAAAGCCGCAACAGCAGCCAGGAGCAAGAAAGCAACAGCGGACCUAGCUGCUCGCUCCACAACAAUUAGGGGAUACCCAGUCAAUUUCCGCAAUGGAUCCCCUCCCAGCCUGCCCCCAGGUUACCCUCCGCUCGUCUACGUCCCCGUUCCGUCCAAAGAUGCCAACCAGCCGAACGGAACCCAGUCUGCUCUACAAUACCAAUCCGUUCCCCAAACAUCGGUUGAUCAGGUGCAAACAAAUGGGGCGAGCACUGGCGGCGGUUCCAGCGCGAAUAAUGCGAGCAUCAGUCCAACUCUUCAACAGCAGCAGCAGCCACAACCGCAACCGCAGCCACAACAGCCACAACAGGGAUGGACAACAGAUGAUGAUGAUACGCUGCGGCGAUUAAAGGCGGAGGAUAUGAGCUGGAAAGCGAUAUCAACGUCCAUGGGUAGACCCGUUCAGUCACUUAAGACUCGGUGGGGAAUAAUUCGGCCGGCAGUGGAACAUAAGAUCCCACGACCACAUACCAGCGCACAGGGCGAGGCUAGCUUAAAAUCGCAGCAGCAGCAGCAGCAGCAGACAGACACGAACCGGAGGCACGAGCGGCGAGUUUCAUUCUCCGAUCCGCUGAUCAUGGCCGGCAAGGUUGCCGACAACUACACGUCCACCUACACACGAACUCCCCACAAGAAGAAAAUCCUCUACGUUGACGAGAAUUUCAGCCUCGAGGAGAUAUUGCUCCUCAAUCGGCUGGCGGCGCAGUAUGAUGAGGAGAAAUGGCUGCGGAUUAGUUCGCGGUUCUAUGAUAAGACGGGGAAGCGACUUACGCCGCAGGAGGCGAGGGACCGACCUGGGACAAGUAUUGGGCGAUAG